AUGAGAUUACUCCUUCCAUGCAGCCUUCUUCUUGUCUCUUCUUUUAACAAUGACAUUGUACAAGGCUUGAGUUUGGAGACAGCAUCAUCAUCGGCAUCAUCCUCAUCCACUUCUUGUAGUCUCCGACAAACCCAAUUUCCCAAUUCCAUCCCAGUGUCUGACGCCGACAUUGCCACAUUGAUUCGUCAAACGGGACAAGUCAAUCCUUCCAAGGCAGCCAUUGGGAUACCCUCUUGUACCAACUGCCGUCAUGGAUUUCCACAGGCAUUUGCCAUGGAUCCAUUGCCGCCUUCCAAUACAAAAGGAAGAAUCAAUUCGGGAUUGCUCAAAUUGACCUGUCCCCUCUUGGUUCAGGCCGUCGAUGCACUCGAAGAUGAUGGAAUUAUUCCACUCUGGAAUGAUCGAUACGUGAAACAAGACCAAGUCUUGCAAGAGGAUAUUCAACAGACCCAUGCACUGCAUGCACAAGUCAGACAAAAACUGUUACAGCAACAACCACAACAACCUGAGGAUAAUUCCGAUAUAAUUCGACAAAAACUAGGAGAAAAGGGUGCCGAGGCAUUUUUGCGGGCCGGUGUUGCAGGAUCCAGUCCAGAGUCGACCGACCUGAAAUGCCUCCAUGCGUGGUUGGCCGAUGCACUCUUUCGAAACAACAACAACAAGGUGGGGAAUCUCAUUCAAAAAGAAUUGCAAGCACGAGGCGUCAGUAUGACGGGAACCGACGAUUGCCGGGCCUAUUGUGAUCCAAACAUGACUGGCGCAUUUUCACCUCCUAAACCGCGCAACAAACAACGGCUUCGCACGGGAAAGGAACUAGGGCGACGCAAACGAAGAAAACAAGAGUUGUUGCAGCAACUGCAGCCAGGGGACGAUGAUGAAUUAUAA